UAUAUGUAUAAUAAUUUGACUGUGCAUACCAAAAGUGAUUAGCAUUUAAUGAAGAAAUAAAGUUGGAAUAAAAUCAUAAUAAAUGUAAAUGUUGGCAUAUGAAUUGCAGGUUCUGCCAUUAUAUGGUCAACAGCAGCAACGCUGUUGUUGAUAAAAGCAUACAGUGACAAUAAACAGUCUUUCCAGCAGUACAAAGAGGAAAUACAAAAUAUGGGAAGAUAUUGCUUCAGUGCUGCAAGAUGCUGGACAUCCUGUCACUCGGGAAAUUUGUGACAAAAAGAUGCGCGGACUAAAAAACAGAUACAAUAUAAUUAAAGAUAAUGCAAAGUUAAGUGGACGAGGCAGUGACACACAAUGGCCAUUCCUUGAAGCAAUGGUUCUUGGACGUGGUCCUAGUGUAAUACCAGUUGCAAAAGAGUCGUCAUUAAUGAUAGGUCAACCUUCGACUAGUGCUGGACCAUCUGAAGUUGUGGAACUUCCAGUGCCAUCACCAUCACAGUCUACCAGUUCAAGAACUCUCUCUCCAGCUCCAUCAGCAUCAUCCCUUCCACCACCAAGAUCUCAUAAACAGAGGCAUUUAGAAGAACAAGAGACGUCACAGAGGAGAGAACAUGUCAUCUCAGCACUAGACAAAUUAGCUGAUCUUGUUGUCGAGAGAAAUGUUGUGUUAGAAAGGUUUAUGCCAUCUUUAAGUAACCAGCAUGACCAGUACUUGCAGCAAGUUAUUACUGCUCUAGUUCAGUUCUGUAAAUGUCAGGAAAUAUAUUUUUUUUUUGUACUGUAGUCUUUAAGGUUUAUCAUUUCAUCUACUUCAUGCCUUGGAAUGAAAAUGUUUACUUGUUAAUUCUGUAAUGAUAGUUAUAACAAAUUAUUUUCCUUUAGCUUUUGGAAGUACACUACAUGCUCAGGUGCUUAAACAUCAGGAUAA